GUUAUAUCUGUUGUAAGAAAGGAUGCUAUAAUCCCAAAGUCAACUUAAUCAAUUGUGGAAAAUGUGGCAUUGUUUGCAAAGCUCCAACUUCCGAAUGUUGUAAUGGUAAAUGCGUAGAUCCCCAAACUUUCCAAACUGACAAAAAUAACUGCGGAAAAUGUGGAACCAAAUGCAAUGCUCCAACUUCCGAAUGUUGUAAUGGUAAAUGCGUAGAUCCCCAAACUUUCCAAACUGACAAAAAUAACUGCGGAAAAUGUGGAACCAAAUGCCCUAUCGGUGCAACCUCCUGUCAAGCUGGA